CAAAGACUUGUUGUAUAACUCACUGAAGGCUGUAUUGUUGUGGCGGGCAAAUGCGCAUUAAAGGCUACGGUUUGUGCGGUUAUGUUCAUUAAAACAUUCCUGCGCGGAUUGGGGCGACAUCGAGUGAGAGAGCGCGGCUUUACAUAAUAAACUGCACGCUUUUCGCGUGAAAUGCGCCUUUAAAAGCGAGCUCCGUACUGACACACUGAAGCGCAUCCAACGGCUGAGGAGAGCCUCAAGUCUGACAGCUGCUACCGGUUGCAACUGGUUGCGUCAACACGGCGGUAGGAUGGCCACGUCGUACCCUUUACCGGAGGGUUUCUCCGAGUUCGACGUGUUUUCUCUGGGAUCUUGCCUGCUGGUGGAGGGGCUGUUGGGCAUCUUUCUGAAUUCGGUGACAAUCGUUGCUUUCCUCAAAGUCAGAGAGCUGAGAACCCCGAGCAAUUUCCUGGUGUUCAGCCUGGCGAUGGCUGACAUCGGCAUCUCCAUGAAUGCCACCAUUGCAGCCUUCUCCAGCUUUUUGAGGUACUGGCCUUAUGGCUCAGAAGGAUGCCAGACUCAUGGCUUUCAUGGCUUCCUGACAGCCCUCGCCAGCAUCCACUUCAUUGCAGCCAUCGCCUGGGACAGAUACCAUCAGUACUGCACCAGGACAAAGCUCCAGUGGAGUACUGCCAUCACUCUGGCUGUACUAGUUUGGAUCUUCACUGCUUUCUGGGCUGCCAUGCCCCUUAUUGGCUGGGGAGAAUACGACUACGAGCCCCUCAGGACUUGCUGUACACUGGACAUCAGCAAGGGAGACAGGAACUAUGUCUCCUACGUGAUCCCAAUGAGCAUCUUUAACAUGGGGAUCCAGGUGUUUGUUGUUAUGUCCUCUUACCAAUCCAUUGCACAAAAGUUUCAGAAGACUGGAAACCCCAGAUUUAACGCCAGCACUCCCCUGAAGACUCUGUUGUUUUGCUGGGGUCCCUAUGGCAUCUUGGCCUUCUACGCCGCUGUGGCUGACGCCAAUCUGGUCUCCCCCAAAAUCAGAAUGAUUGCUCCUAUCUUGGCUAAGACCUCUCCCACCUUCAAUCCGCUCCUGUACGCUUUGGGAAAUGAGAACUACAGAGGAGGUAUCUGGCAGUUUCUCACUGGGGAAAAGAUUCAUGUACCUCAAGAUGACAAUAAGUCCAAAUAAACCAAUCCAGCAUCCACACUUAAACACUCACUGUCCUUGAUGUUUCUGUCUGUGAGCAUCCAUGCAUGUGUUGUGUCUUAAGCAGUGAUAAUCAUUGCCCCCUGUAAACAUCAGAACUUUGUCUCUGCAGUUUUUGUUUUUUUCUGAAGGUGCUGAGUUAUUAUUUACCAAUACUUGGAAAUAUCGGAAGCUGCUAACAUAGCCAGUUUUGCCAUGGAGGAAAUGCUGAAAAAUGGGGCUAUUUCUGUAACAAAUAGGAUUUCUUUCACAUUCAGGUUUAAUUUCAAGGAGUAGCUUUGAUUUGAGCUCAUCCUAAGAAUUUCAUAUUGCAAACAGAUUUCAUCUUCAUUAUAAAGCGACAAUUGAAAGCUGAAAUUGAAAGCACAUUCACAUAUAUACUGCAAUUUAGAGCUUCAAAUGUAAUUUUAUUUUAUUUUAACAUUUUUACAGCACAAAUUUUCUAUCAAGCAUGAUGUAAACAAGUAAAUCUCUGAUAAGCACCUCCUGUAGAGGUAUUUGUAUUUGUGUCUACAGUGCAGAAAACCCUUUGCUCAAGUAUUUUCCCAGAAGUUUGGAUCUGACUGACGGUGAAAACAUUUUGUUAAAAAGGUUUGGACAACCCAUCUCUAGACCAUUGUGAUAACCAAUUGCUUUUUUGUUGUUGUUGUUUUAUUUUUUCCUUUUCUGCUGUGAUAAGUCAACAGUAACUCAUCACACUCCAAGACUCGUCUCUGUAUGCAGAGCAAAACUUCAAUAAUCCUUGGAACAAAAGGUCUAUUCUUCAACUCACAGCCCCAAGGACAAGUCAGAUUAGAGUGUGGUUGUAGAUUUACUGGUACGGCUUGACACUUGUGUCUGAAACACAAAAAAAGAAGUCAUAGGGACAAAGAAAGUGUCCACUUGAAGAAGAAACAGUUAGUUUUGUGCAAUUUCACAGCCUCUCCACCGCAGAUUUUGAAAGUCUCUAUUGACCCAGUUAACCUUUUUUUUGCACACCAUGUUUUCCCUGAGAACUUUGGCCACAAAUCUUUACCAUAGACACAGGUGAUUGCUGUAAGAAUUAUUUUAAAUGUCAGCGUAGUAUUAAAGAAUAAUGCCCAACAAAUUUGAUCUCAUUUCUGCAUUUACAGCAGCCUUGAAAGAUCUAUAUCCCUUGGGCUAUCCUAUGACCCCACCCUUACAUUGACGUGUUCUCCCUACUAUGACAAAGGUGGAUAAAGGUGAAGAGGAUUUCAUGUAAUCCAUGGACACCAGUGAAGAUCACAAAUCAUUGAAGAAAAAAGGUUCAGUGCACUGUCUUGUGGGGUCUAGAUGACCCAACUCCCAAUGUUAAAGUGCCUAGGAUAGCACAAGGGUUACAUUUUAUUUUUACACUCUCUGAUUCAAAACAAGGAAUGUCAAUUCAUCAUUUUAAAAGAGAACAGAUUUCUAAAUUUAAACUGCACUCCUUUAAAAGACAUAUAUAUUGAACAUCAUUGUUGUUGUUUACCUGAACAUGGGGGCAUUAGCUCAGUUGUUGUCUAAUGUAUAUGUGAUGUAAGUCCAACUCUCACUGUCUGUGAAAUAUUUAGAAAGUGGCAAACAUCUUUUUCUGAUGAAACCAGACUGAUCGUGAUCCUGUUCUGUUGUAAUAACAUGUACAGUGGCUUUUUGUAUAUUUAUUAUUCCCUAUAAAAAUGCUAUAUAUAUGUAUAUAUAGACAAUGAAG